UGUGUAAGGACGUCCUACGCCGGCACCCUUGCAGGUGCAAUGACAGAGCACAGCGUCUCGGCCGCCUUCCUGCUGUCUUGGCUCGCUGCAGCGUCUGCACGCCGCUACGACCUUCCGCCAUAUCCGGCGGAUGUCGUGCACAAGCCAGAUCCCACAUACUGCCUGACACCGGUCAGCCUGCCGUUCUACAAAAGCCUUCGCAUGUACGACUUCGAGACUUCCGAGGACCAAAGCGAGCCUCGAGCUAUGAACCUCAUCUACGGGUACGGCCGUCUCGUCGCCUCCAUCUUUGUGCCUGCCAGGAUUCCCAGGGUCUUUCUCUCGGAAAAGAUGAUCACAGACCCGAAGCAUUAUUUCAUGGAGAACGUUCUUUCGGUGCUCGUCGAUUUUCCCGCUCUCAUGUUGCUGGUCGUGGUGUGCACUGUGCUGGCGGUGGUCGUGCCGGUGGGCGGAUUCUGGACGCUCUGCUGCCGCCACCCGGACGUCGCCCCGUGCGAGGACUCCGAAGACGAGUUCAAGAGAGUCGCCUACACUGCCGGACUCGUCUGCUGCUGCAUCCUCAUGCUGGUCUUCGCAUCGUUUACGCUCUUAGCGCUGCUGCACGUGCCCAUGGGUGUGAACAACAUCGUGCCCCAAUCGCAUCGUAUCAUCAGCGACAUCAUGCUCUUCUUCGACAAGACAAGGAACGAAAUCGAUGCUCUGCUCGUGAGGGAUUACGACACUUUCGAAGCCGACUUCGACAAAAGGAUAGACAGUUGCGUCGUUAAAAUUGGCGAAGAUUUCAAAGGAAUAGUCGGCGAGUCGCCCAUCGAAGAAGUUCAGAAGUCCGUACGCCACGUGGCUCUCAUCGACGAGUGCCUGAAGAACGCGACGGCCGUGGGUGCCGAGCUGGACGCCAUCAUACUGCAGCUGAAGCAACAACGGGUGGGCAUCCACGCGCGCAUCGCGGCUGCCGUGGCCGAGUGCGUGUCCAAGACGCCGGCCGCCGGCGACUGCAUGGAGCUGAACAAGACAUUCGACCUCGUCCCCUCGCAGGCAGCCUCACCUGACCAGAUCUACCUGGGCGACUUGAACCGGUUCGUGGCGAAGCUGGAUGUCGUGAGACCGUCCGACCUCAUGAAAGAAGUCGAUGUGGUUGCUGAGCUUCCUCUGACCACGGAAGGCGUACAGCACACUUUCAGCACAGAUGCCAAAGCCAUCAAGCUCGAGGUGGAGUACUUUGGCAGCGACCUCGAAGACCUGGUGGACCGAUUCACUGCUUCGUGGGUCCGCGACCCGGACCACCUGAAUUCGAUGGUGCGCCAACGUUACGGUCGCUACGUGAGCAUCCUCCAGCCCCUGGUGCAUGUCAACAGCCUCGUCGGCGCAUCACUGGGCACGAUUCUCUUCUUGAUUGUCACCUUCUACUCGACCGGUGUGGCCUUGUUCCACUGGUCCAGUGAUCCGGAAAACCUUCACGUGAGAAGCAGGUGGUGCCUUUAUCUGGGCAUAUUCGUGUUCCUGCUGCUGUUCAGCAUCGCUAUGCUGGCAACCGCGGCUGGCCUGACCGUGGGGUUUACGCUGCAGCGUUGCAUUUGCGACGUGGUAGCGGACCCUACGACGCCUGCCUUCACGGACAUGCUCAGGUGCGCCUGCAUUUGUGGUUGA